UCCUGCCCUCCAGCACCUUCCUGAUGCCGGAUUUCGUAGAAGGAAGUGUGUCCCCAGCCCCCUGAGUCAGGCACCGGUCUCGCUGUGAGUGCUUGGCCUCCACAGCCUCUUUCUGGGCGCCUUGCAUGCAGCAGGGGUCCGGACAUGCAGAAAUCCUGCUUCUCAGAAGAUGCACUAUUAUAGAUACUCUAACGCCGAGGUCAGCUGCUGGUACAAGUACCUCCUUUUCAGCUACAACAUUGUCUUCUGGUUGGCUGGAGUUGUCUUCCUUGGAGUCGGACUGUGGGCAUGGAGCGAAAAGGGAGUGCUGUCUGACCUCACCAAAGUGACCCGGCUGCAUGGAAUCGACCCUGUGGUGCUGGUCCUGAUGGUGGGCGUGGUGAUGUUCACGCUGGGGUUCGCUGGCUGCGUGGGGGCCCUGCGGGAGAACAUCUGCCUGCUCAAGUUUUUCUGCGGUACCAUCGUGCUCAUCUUCUUCCUGGAGCUGGCUGUGGCCGUGCUGGCCUUCCUCUUCCAGGACUGGGUGAGAGACCGGUUCCGCGAGUUCUUCGAGAGCAACAUCAGAUCCUACCGGGACGACAUUGACCUACAGAACCUCAUUGACUCCCUUCAGAAAGCCAACCAGUGCUGUGGGGCAUAUGGACCUGAAGACUGGGACCUCAACGUCUAUUUUAACUGCAGCGGCGCCAGCUACAGUCGCGAGAAGUGUGGGGUGCCCUUCUCCUGCUGCGUGCCGGACCCUGCGCAAAAAGUUGUGAACACACAGUGUGGAUAUGAUGUCAGGACCCAGCUGAAGAGCAAGUGGGACGAGUCCAUCUUCACAAAAGGCUGCAUCCAGGCACUGGAGGGCUGGCUCCCGCGCAAUAUUUACAUCGUGGCCGGGGUCUUCAUCGCCAUCUCCCUGCUACAGAUUUUUGGCAUCUUCCUGGCGAAGACCUUGAUCUCGGACAUUGAGGCGGUGAAGGCAGGCCAUCACUUCUGAGGGAGAGAGGUGAGCAAGCAGAGCUGAGCCACGCUGUGGAGGCCAGAGCCCUUCACUCUUGUCAACUCGACAUCCAGAGGGAGAGAAGUGGACGCACCCAGCCAGAGCCAGCACCCUGUCUUCGGCAUCACCGUGCUGCGACCUCCCUGUUUCUGUUUGCUGGUGCUGAAGACCGAGGGGCCCCUCUGACCUGCACGGACUUGGGACGGAGACCCCCCCCCCGACUCGGGGUCUACCCAGAGACAGAGAAAAUGUCUUUAAGUGGGGGUGGUGACUCUGAGGGACAGAAGGCUCCCGUGGCUGUGAAAAGGGCUUGACUUGGUUCUCCUGGAGACUAAGCGUGUCUGCAGGGCACCCUGGCCUCCCAACUCGUGUCACCGGUGCUGGCCUGGAGGGCAGCCUCAUCUGCUGCGGGUGGGACAUGGGGGCGGGGGGGGUGGGCCCAGCAGGCACGGACGAGGCUUCUCCCAGCAGCAGAAGGACCUGGGGAGGGCUCGGGGCACAAGUGGACCGUGCCAGCAGAGCCUGUGCUGUCUGCACAAGUUGGGGGAUGUUUGCGGGAUCCUCAGCCGUGUCCAAGUAAGCCUGAGCCAUGUGUGGACGGGUGCCACGGAGCACCCCCUCCGCUGCCCCUGCCAGGGCAAGACCCGCCUCCAGUCUCACAGAGGUGUGCCCGAUGGCACAGGGGGUAGGGGGGCGUGGGCAGCGUUCUCCUCUGAGUCGGCUCUCCCUCUCUGAAAGUGUGUAAAUAGUUUAUUUAUAGGGAUAAGAAUGUUCUCACACCGUUUCUUCAUUUCCUCUGGCAUUCCCUCCAAGCAGCCUUACAUGGUGUCUGGGACUGAAGCCAUCCCUCUCAGUUCCCUCGAGUGUCUCAAGAACCAACCCCAUCACUUCUCCUUUCCAUGCCUCACAGCCCAGGUGCACACGUGUGCUCCCUCUUCCUCUCUGCACCCCCAGCUCACAUGCACCCACUCCCCUCCCCAGCUUGGCCUCACUGGCUUCUGGUCUUGGUGCUACUAAAACCGCCACCCGGAACUUGAAUCCUGACCCCCCCCCCCUCCGCCGCCUGCCCCCAGGCAAGGGCCAGGGAGCCCCAGCCAGAGGCGGCAGCCCAGAACCUGUGACCAGGGCUCCUCUCGAGGCCACGUGCUAAGGGCCGCUGGUCGGCCUGGCAUUUGCCUCUCCCUGGAGAGCGGACCUGUGGCCGGGCCCCUCUGUGGAGCUGGAGACCUCGGCCUGCAGCUGUGUAGAAGCAGCUCGGGAUGGUUCUUUUUUUUGGCUAACUUUUGUGAUGACCCCCCUCCACUGUCCCCAAUCAGGAUAUCUGUGGUGAUCAUGUCCACCCUCCCUGGCAGGGCUGUCCUGGGGCUUGCUCUUGGAAAUGAAGUCUGUCUUAUGUACCGAGUGGUUUGUGCGUCUUUGGCUGGGCUCCUAACGCUUCUCUGGGUCUUGUACCAGUUCUGUCCUCAUCGUUCAGGGAUUGAGUGCUACCUUCACUGACUUGCCGAAGUGUACAUGCUAGUGUGGUGUAUACUGGUGGGUGUUUGUUAAUGAUGGUAUGAUUUUUGUUUUUGUUCUUGUUUUUUUUUUUCUUUACAAUUUUCUCUGUAGACUAGAGGAAGAAGAAUGCUUGUGUUUUCAGGAAGUGUGAUGCUUUUCUUUGACUGCCAAACUCUUUUAUGGAAUAUAUCUUUAUAUUAA